AUGGAAGUAGACAGUAUAUUAGGCUCUCUGAGCAUAGCCGAUAAUAUUGACCAGUUGGUCGACGUGACAGGACUCUUCGAUGAAUUGUGCUCGAAAUUGAAACCAGAGGUUAUCGUCAAAGAUCCCAAGUUUGACUUAUUUGAAGGCACACACUCUUUGGAGGUUGAUAAUUCCAAAUUAGAUUCAAGUCUUAUUGAAUUGACUGCCGAAGAAUUAGAGUUUGAUGUGAACGUGGCGUACGAAUCACCAUUGGAAAAAGUAACAGCUAUAUCAGAUAGGUUGCUCAGAUGUGUUAUUUCAUGGUUGAAUGAGUAUCAGACCUUGCCUACCACUGUCCUGAGCUGUAGAUAUACGGAGAGCUUGUUAUCGUCAUUAUUAAAAGGGACAAGUGCCGGUCCGUUCUGGCGUACAGGGAACGUCCUAUAUGACAAAGUGCUUGGUAGCUGCGUACUUGGAGUUUGUUACUUGACAAAAUUUGUGCAGAAACUCUUGAGUGCUGGCAUUGUUUUUGAAGAGGAAGAUCUGAAUUUUAAUAGCAUGGGGUUUAACACAUUUAAUAAUUUGCCAGAACAGGAUGUUAUUAUCGGUGCUCUUACCGAAAGCCUCCAAUUAUUAGAAGCAUAUUCCGAUGGUAGCUUACAUUUGACCACGCUGAGACAUAUACUUAAAAUCAUACUUUGCUUGGUUCACUUAGAAGACCAUUUGACAGACUAUUCCACGGAAACGAUUCAUUUAGAUGAAUUAAUCGAAAACUCCAACUCCGUAAAUGGUAUUCUUCCACAAUUGCAAUUGUCCCCACCAAAUGGUUCAUUCUCUACAUACAUACAAAAACAUAGGUCUAACCAAUUCCCCCCCAGGAAGAUUACAAAAUUGCCCACAGAUUAUAGCGGUUUCAUUACGCUGGCAGACGAUAUUAAAACAAUACUCCUUGUAAACAAAGCUGAGUCCACGUUAGAGACCUACCAGUUUGCGAGAUUCUUCAACAAAUUGAAGCAAAGACAUGUUAUUGCAAGAAUUUUGUUUCCCUUAAUUUUUAUUAGAGACGAUAGGACUGUCUUGGGAAAACAUUCGUUCACUCAUUUUUAUUCACUACAUAUCAAGGAAUUUUCAGCACAGAUACCAUCGAAACUUCUAUCAUCUAUAGGCAAUGAACUAAUUCAUGAAAGCUCUAACAUUCUCCUGGAAUGGUAUCAAAAUUGCUCUCAAAACACAUGUAGAUAUAGACAGGGUUUCAAUCGCCAACUAAUACUAUGGGAUUCUCUUCAGGCCCAGUUUGAAAGUGUUAAUUCACAAACUUACUGUUCAUGGACAUAUUUUAUGAAACUAUCAAGUAUGAUUGAGUUUUCCUUAAAAGGGUUUGAUUUGGAUAUUUAUAAACCUUUUGAAGCAUACUCUAUGUUUUGGUAUGUUUAUUAUUUAAGUCACCAUUUAGAAAACUUGUUGAAGGAGUGUCAAGGCGACGUUGAAUCACACAUCAAUACCAUCCAUUCCAUGAAUAAAAAGCUCAAAAAAUUAAAAGCUGGUGAGAAAAAGGACCAGUUGAGAACAAAGUAUAGGUUUGCCAUGGACAAUGAAAUGGAACAAUUACGGACCACUAAACAGUUUUUAACCUAUCUUUUGAAGGAAGUUAGCAUCACUAAGUCUUUAUGCCUGAUAGAGGUGUUCCAAUUCGCAAUUUUAAAAUCAUUUGGUAUGAUCGAUGUCAAAAGUAGCAUACCCUCUAAUUUUUCUAGUGAAAGGUUAAUCCACAAUUUGCGAUUCAAGCCAUUCAACUCGAUUGGUGUUCCGGAGUUACCAGAAUAUGAAGUCUUUCAACAGACUCUGAAGGACUUUAUCAUUGAAGAUAAAGAGGCUGCAUUUGAUAUAAAAUUAGAGAGAGCUACGACCUUUAUCGAUACUGAGGUGCGAAAUGUCGUUGAUUCUAUUGAUGAAAUAAUGCAAGGUAUUAAAGGAGGAGACAAUAACGGUGCCAUGGUAACAGGAACAAGAUUGGUUCAAGAGUUAUCUCUUGAGUACUAUUCGAAGCUAAAGCACACUUCUAAAGCGCUCGCAGUCAAUUCAGAAGUUAUCGUCACCACAUUGAAAAGGAACAUUGAGCACAAAGGCUCCAACGAUUACAAGGUGGAGUUACAUUAUACGGCGGAAGGAUGGAACUACUUCCCUAUACAAACUCUGAGAUUGAAGAAAAACCGCUACUGA